AAAGCAAAUAUGCUGUAUUUUAAAUUAAUAUUUAUGCACACGAAAGAAUUAAGAACAACAACAACAACUAACGGGACAUAAAGGUCUUGUAAAACUUAUUCAUUCAGACAAUAUUAGAUUUACAAAAGAACAAAGACAAAAAGAAAGCAAAAACUUACAAAAAUAAAUUCAAAGAUUUGUAAGAACUCAAUUCAAUGUUGUAAACGCAAGCAAAACGCAAAAAAAAAACAAAAACAAAGCAAGAACAUUAUUCCACUUAAGUUUAGUAUAUAUGAAAAGUAUUUACAAUUGUUCACCACAACUACAACUACAAUGCAAAGCAAAUAUUUAUAUGUUAUUCCAUUUGAAUUAACUGUAUCUUAGUUAAAGAUCUAUAUUGAAGCGCUUUUUGCACUAAUUUCGUACAAACGGGCACUCAACACACAAAUAUUUUACAACAGUUACUCACUGACACACACACUUAUACACCCAUACACACAUUUCUACACCAGCAACUCACUUGUUAUGGAAAGUCAAACGGUUUGGAGGGAUGCGUGAUCAAGCAAAUAUUCCAGCAAAUUUUGGUACAAACAAAAACAAAAUAUAUGAAAAAUUAACAAAAAUUAACAAUAACAUACAAAGAGACGACAAAAUAAACAAACAAACAAACGAACGUGAAACGAAAAGUAGCAAAGGUAUAGAUAAAACAGAAACAAAAUAAUAAAGAACACAACUAACAGACUUGGACCGGAAAUAGUAAAACAAGACAAAUAGGCAUGAAAUAAGAAAUUAGAUAAAUUACCGUUCAAAUUAGUAUGAAGAGUAUUUAGUGAAUAUCGAAUAUUAAAUAAAUUAACUUAAAAAUAGAACAGAAACAAGUAUCAAGUAACAUAGAAUUAAAGUAAAAACACCGACGUGUUACGAAAAAACCUUAAACCUGGACAAACUGCAAAGCAACUCUGUUAAUAGUACACACAAAUAAAUAACUGAACCUAUAAAUAGCGAUCGUUAGUAGCGCACGAACAAUCGAACCCACAAACACACACACACACACUACAAACGACUAAUAGCUGUAGUCAAGACACAAACCGUGUAACGUACCACAGACACACACUAAAAGCAGUCGUUGUGUGAAGAGAAACGAGUAUAGCGCAGCAAGAUGAAGAAAAGUUCAACCGCUACGACAACAAUGUCGCUACCGACCAGUCCGACAAUUUCGGCGCACACCAUUACCGGCAGUAAGCUAAGUUUAAGCAGCACAAAGACAGCGACUUCGGGGCGUUCGAGUCGCUCGAGUCGCUCGAGCAUGCAAUCGCCACAGAAGAAGAAAAGCGAUCUCGAAUUGGAGUCGAUAUUAGAGAAGGCGAAAUUUUACACAUCGUUGUGCCUUGGAACCACUGCAAUUCUGUCGGUUUUUGCCUUCCUCUUUUUAAUACCAUUCGUCGUGGACCCAGCAAUCUCGACGAUAAUUGCCGAUUAUGACCCCGUACCAGUUACAUGUAUUGUCAUUGAUCAUGUCUACGCGGAAGGCAUAAGAAAUUGUUCGUGGAGUUCAUGCCGCGAGGGCUGCACGUCAUCACUCACCAAGUGCCAUCAGUUGUACGUCAACUACACACGCAUUCCAUUUAUCGAAUGGGAAAAGAAUCCACAUGAACUGGAUAAGGUGCAAUGGGACGUCAGUUAUACGAAAUUUCUCAUCAAUUCGGAAGGUUGCGGUUAUCCACCCACAACGAAUUGCAGUGUCUUUGCGCGCCAAUAUGGCUACUCGCACAUUGGCGAACCGUUUCCCUGUUAUUACAGUCGUGCCUACCCAGAAGUGGUGAUCGGUCGCUACUCGUGGGAGAACAACUUGUAUCAUCUCGUGCUGUCGCUUAUCAUACCGAAUGUUCUAUUCGCCAUUUCGAUUGGUGUGCUCAGCUAUUGGUACUGCCCCUGUUGCGACAAAGCAUGCAACAAAUCAUCACGGGUCUAUGCGGAGAAGUUUCCCUCGAAGGAAGAAAAACUUCUGUGUCAAAGUGACGACGAAGAUGAUAUGGAAUACUAGUGAACUAGCGAGUCUAGUGAAAGGCUAGAUAUACUCGUAGCAUUAGAAAAGCUGCUUACACAACAACAACAGCAAGAAAUCGUACACGUACUCGUAUUCGUAUUCGUAGAAGGAGUACAAUGUAGAAAAUCGAUAGCCACAUUUUGUAUUCGUACACAACAGUUACAAAUAAAUAAUAAUAUUUACCUACAGCGCUCAUACACAUAGUACUUAUAUAUACACACAUGCAUACAUACAUAUAUGUAGCUAGUUAAAUAUGACGAUGUGUAUGUACCUAUACAUGCAUAUUUAGGACUCAUUAUAGCUAAACGCAUUCGUAUGUGUAUUACAGCCAUGUGCAUACAUACAUAAAGCAAUAUGUAUAUUAGGGUGUUCAGGUUGUUUUUUUGACACUUGAGGUUUCAGUGUUUGCGCUAGAAAUAGCAUUAAAAUGUAAACAAGCUCUUUUUAGUUUCAUUUCAUAUUUAUUUUCUUACGUAUAUAACAUGGUAAAUGAUUUUUUAAUAUUUUCCCCUAAACAAGUAAAUCUGCAAGCCUUAAAAAGUGAUAUUCUCAUACAAAAUUUUCUGAGCCACUAAAAGGUCUCAAUGACUUUUUCCAUAAAAACACUCAUUUAAAAGUUAUACGCCGUCAAAGUUAUGCAUCAAAUGUAUAGAGCGCUCAUAGUGCGUUCCCCCGACAGUCGGUUCUAAGUAACCGAAUUUUUAUCCAGCCAAGGACUGUCAACUUGGAACCAUUCCUCGAAAUUACUUCAAGAAUGCUUUCUGCCGCCACAACAACAACAACAAGCGCUCAUAGUUCUGAUUUAUGCACUCUGUGUUUUUCAUACGACAUGGUGUACAUUGGAUGAUUUGAUGCAGACCUUUAAUUGCAUAGAACUUUUGAAGGAAUAUUUACAAAACUAUCAACUUGAAAAAUAACAGACACCCUAAUGCAUAUGUAUGUAUGUAUGCAUGUUCGUCUACGCAUUUGUAUACAUAACAGUAUUCGCAAUUUGCAAAGUAAAUAAUAAAAAAAUUGACAAUUCGUACUGUUCUCCUCCGCCCCCAUAGCGCUAAACACAAGAGCAAAGCAAUAGUCUGCCGCAAAUUCAAUAGUAUUUACAUAAGUAUGUAUGUAUUAUGCUUAUUGCAAGCUCCAGAGCAGUAUUCGUGCGAUUUAUUUGUUAAAGCUUUUAUUAUUAUUUUCGAAUUUGCAAUUGCACUUGAAGUAAAACUUGAUAUGCAAAUGCUAAAGCACGAUAUGUAAAAUAGAAAAAAAAAAAAAUUUAUAUAAAAAGUUAUAAUAUAAAAUAUUGUAGGGCUUGUUUUGCAUUUAUA